UUCAACUACCGCGAAGAGUUCGAGAAUACAUACCUGACGGACGAGUUCGAGAGAAUCGACCUGGACAUGGCACUACGCGGCCGAACGAAAGCGUUACCAUUGAAUAAGGACGAGAAGCAAAAGUACAUUCCGAGGAAUUCAUGGAAGAUGACAGCGCGUGAAAAGGCCUACUACAGGCUUCGACUUGUAAUUACGUUGAUUCUCAGCGCAACACCAUUCUGUUUCAUUUGCAUGGACGAGGCCAUUUAUUCG